UAUUAUUGUGAUAGAUAAUCUCAAACUUAACCUAUUUGGCCGUCGGCCAACGCCUUGGUUUGAAAACUCUUUUCCUAAACGCAUAAUUUGGGUUUUGUUUUUAUCAUUGAGACUGUGCGCGUCAAAUUUACUCGGUUACUUUAUAAAGCAUUGUUCACUAAUAAUGUAAUAAUCGGCCUUCGACAAUUCAAAGAACGCAUAAUUUGGGUUUUGUUUUUAUCGAUCUGGUUUCAAGAGUCGGGAGAGAUUGUGACUGUUUUGAUAAAAGAUUUGAGAGCUUGUAAUUGUUAGGGUUUUGGAAAAUGUCGAGUAAAAAGGAAGAGAAAUCCCAGGCUGCUGCUGACAGAAUUAAGGCUGCAGCCUUGAGUGCAGCCAAAGGUUUAAGUCGUGCUCAGGCAGAACGUGCUGCCACUGCAGCUGCACGAAAUGUUAAUGCAUACGGGCAGAAGGAAGAAGGGCCCAGCCGAUGGCAAGAGAAGAGGGAAGCAAAGAGGCAGAUGUACUUGAUGAGUACCGAAAAGGCGGUGAGAUUGGGUGAGAGAAAAGAUCUUAAGACUACAAUGUCUAGCAUUGGUGGUACAGCUUCACAGUGCCAGAAAUGCUUUCAAACUGGACAUUGGACAUACGAGUGCAAGAAUGAGCGUGUGUACAUGUCACGACCUUCACGGACCCAGCAGCUGAAGAAUCCUAAAUUGAAGAUGAAGGUGUCAAUCUCUUAUGAUUUAGAUAACCCAGAUGUUAAGGAUGAGGCUGCUGAAAAGAGUUCCAAGAAAAGUAAAAGGAAGCAUCGCUCUGACUCAGAGUCUGGUAGUGACAGUGAGGCUUCGGUGUUUGAGACUGAUAGCGGUUCGUCAUCUGUGACGGGUUCAGAUUAUUCGUCAGGGGAGAGUAGCUCUGACUACAGCUCAUCAACUGAUUCAGAGGAAGAGAGGAGACGCCGAAGAAAGAAGAAGAAGCAGAAGAAGGCUAGGCGUAGGAGGUACAGCUCAUCUUCUGAGUCAUCUGAAUCGGACUCUGUAUCAGAAUCUGAUUCAGAUGAUAGGCGCAGCCGAAGGAAGAGAAGGCACGGCAGGAAGCGCUAAAUGUGGGAAUCUAGCAGGAAGUACCUAGCUACUAUUUAUUUUGCUUUGUGUUGGAUUUGUGUUUUUAUAACUGGGAAUAUCUACCAGCUCCAUAUAACCAUAUGUGCAGUAUGUCGGUUGAUUAGCGGUGACUGUGGAGAUUAUAAGGUGGAGAUACUAAGUGAUGCUACAGAUUGAGGGCUCUAAAACAAGUUUAUUAGAUGUUUUCUUCUUUUACAUUUCUAUUCCAUUUUGCAUUGACUGUUGCAUUAUGAUGUAAUAAUAUGGAUUUUUCUGUAGCUUUUGAACAUUGAGCUUGUUUUGAAUGCAUUUUUAAACUUUAUAUUGUUUAAUAAAUUAUGGUAGCCAUAGUAAA